UGGAAGUGCCUUGUCACGCGGGGUUAGUAAAAGUUGGGAUCGGAGCUCCACAGGGCGAGAGAGACAGACAAGCCAAGCCGGAGAAGAGGCACUCUAACCGGGAUAAAAAAAAUUCCGGACCGUUCUCUGGUAUUACGACGAACAUUUUAACAAAACUAUUUUUUUUGUGUGUGGCAUAGACAGCGACAGCGACAGCGACUUUCCCUCAAGUAGAUUUAUAUUUUGGAACAACAUUGUGGAUUUCGUGAAACUAAAGAGGACACUCGGGUCCCGGGGUCCAAAUGAAGCAAAGUUCGGUUCGGCAACGUGAAGCUCGGUAAAUGUUGCGACAUUUUCAUAGAGAGUAGACCGCCUGCUUCGACGGUCGAGCGGCGGCGUAGUAGUAGUAGGAGGAGGAGGGGGAUUCGAGAGAAAAAGAGCCGAGCUGUCAAACCAGAUGACGACGGCAAACUGCCCCGGUAAUGAGGACCUGGACUUCCGACUCAUCUUCGGGGAGGACGGGCAGCAGCAGCCGUUAGGCCCGGCAGAUCUGGAGCCUGACGACAACACAGCUUUCUACAUCCUAAAUGUGGGCCAGCCCCAGUCAGUGGUCUCAAACCACCAGUCCAUUGGACUUCCUCGCCAUGGCAUGCAGUCGCACCCCCCAAUCAUCAGCACUUCCCCUCGCCAUCAGUCACACAAACAAGGACCGGUGCCCCCGAGUUAUGAGCCGCAGGACUCUAAGUACGGCACCUCUCCCUUGCUUCCCUCGGCUCCGGUGGAGGCACCAAAAGCGUUUGAGUGCCCCAGUAUUCAGAUCACCUCCAUCUCCCCGAGCUGCCAGCAGGAGAUGGACGCCAAUGAACAAGAUCUGAGGGCAAAUGGCCCUGAUGGGGACUAUCACAGUGACAGGCCCCUGUCCAGAGACCACCUGUAUUUGCCCCUUGACCACUCAUACCGGGACUCCUCUCUCAGCCCCAGCCCAUGCAGCAGUCUCUCGUCUCGGAGCUGGUUUUCUGACGCCUCCUCCUGUGAAUCUUUUUCACAUGUUUACGACGAUGUUGAGUCUGAACUCAAUGAAGCAGCAGCUCGCUUCACCCUGGGCUCCCCACUGACAUCCCCAGGCUGCACUUCGCCUCAGGCUGGCGUUGGGAAUCUGGAGGAGCCAUCUCAGUGGCAGCAUCAUCACCCCUCCUUUGUCCACCACUCCCACUCCAUCAGUCUGUCACCUCGACAGUCCCCCUGCCACUCACCACGCACCAGUGUCACUGAUGAGAACUGGCUUAGCCCGCGGCCGACAUCUAGGCCCUCCUCGCGUCCCACCUCACCCUGCGGGAAGAGGCGCCACUCCAGUGCGGACAUCUGCUACCCUGGCUCUGUGUCUCCACAUCACUCACCUUCACCCACGCCGGGACCUUCACCUAGGGGCAGUGUGACAGAGGACACCUGGGCUGGCAGUCCUUCUGUAGGCAUGUCGCCUUUCCAGUGCUGUCAAUCUGAGGCGGACAUCCCAUCCAAGACAAGAAAGACCUCACAGGACAGAACGGCUAUGCAGACGGCAGCAAAAGGCGAACUGGGGCUAGAUGACCAAGGAAAUAUGUCUCCUAAUCUAGACUCCCCCUCAGAAGAGGCCCUGCACAGCCUGAAGAAGGACGGACCCGGGGAGCAGUAUCUCUCUGUGCCCUCACAUUUUUCAUGGAAUAAACCCAAGCCUGGACACACGCCUAUAUUCAGGACAUCCUCGCUUCCUCCACUGGACUGGCCACUGCCAAGUCAGUUUGGCCAGUACGAGCUGAAGAUAGAGGUGCAACCCAAAGCCCACCAUCGAGCACAUUACGAGACCGAAGGCAGUAGAGGAGCCGUGAAAGCAGCAUCAAGUGGCCAUCCCAUUGUCAAGCUGCUUGGCUACAGCGAGAAGCCCAUCAACUUGCAGAUGUUCAUUGGAACGGCAGACGACCGCUACUUGAGGCCACACGCCUUUUACCAAGUGCACCGCAUCACUGGAAAAACGGUGGCCACGGCCAGCCAGGAGAUUGUCAUCUCCAGCACCAAAGUUCUCGAAAUUCCUCUCCUGCCUGAAAACAACAUGUCAGCCAGUAUCGACUGUGCCGGCAUCCUCAAACUACGGAACUCAGACAUUGAACUUCGCAAGGGUGAGACAGACAUAGGAAGAAAGAACACACGGGUACGCGUGGUAUUCCGAGUUCACAUCCCUCAACCAAACGGGAAGGUGCUUUCGCUGCAGGCUUCGUCCAUUCCUGUGGAGUGCUCCCAGCGUUCAGCUCAAGAACUGCCCCAAGUUGAGAAGUCCAGCCUGACUAGCUGUCUGGUCAGUGGGGGAGAAGAGAUGGCCAUCACUGGAAACAACUUUUUCCCAGAGUCCAAAGUUAUCUUCCUGGAAAAAGGCCCUGACGGACGGCCACAGUGGGAAGUGGAGGCCAAAAUCAUACGGGAAAAAACUCAAGGAUCAUGCAUUAUGGUGGAGAUUCCUCCUUACCACAGCAAGACAGUCAGCGCAGCAGUGCAGGUGCAGUUUUAUGUCUGCAAUGGCAAACGGAAAAGGAGCCAAUCACAGCGCUUCACUUACCUUUCAGUAAUGGUGAAACAGGAGCAUCGAGACGAAUUGGACCUUCCCGCUGUGUCCCCCAUGUCCAUGCCCCUUACACACGCUGCCAGUCUGGUGCGCGCUCAGCUGCCUUCUCCUGAUCAGGGCCACCCAUCGGAUAACCUUCUGUCCACCUCCCCACAUGGCCUGGGCUCAAGCUCCGGACCUGUCCUGCUCCCCCUGCAGGCUCCCUGCCCCUCCCUGGGCUCCCCGUCCUUCCAGCACCUGCCUCACCUCCAGGGCCGCAGUUUGCACCACCCCCCCACAGACUGCCACAUGACGUUCCAUCCGAGCUCCUCACCUGUGCCCCUUCCUGCCUCCGCCUCCCGGCCCUCGUACCAGCCCGUGCAACUUGGCCAGAGUCACGCUCACAGCCUGUCCUUCAAUGGCCAACCCAGCCUGUCACCUCAGAGCUAUGAGAGGAUGCCCUUUCAGCAGAACCCCAGUGUGCCAUCCCACCCCAUGGGCAUGGGGAUGGUGUACUCGUCCCCUUGCUCUUCCCCGUCGACACCUGCGUCUUCAGCCGCCACCUCCAUUGUGGGUUCUCCACAGAGCCAGCAACCCCUCCUUGCCCCCUCGUCCCAACAUCUCCACAGCCUCGGAGGCUACCACCACUCCCCGAAUCCCACCCAGGUGCCCUCCCCUAGUGGCCACCCGCUACAGCUGCAGAGAGCCAUGGGCUACCACCCAGUAAGUCAACGCUCAGCCUCCUGCCCCACGCCUUCCUCCGCCCCUCCUCCACAUAUGAUCCCAUCUCCCCAUUCUGGACCUUCGUCCCCUCAGCUUCACUCGCUGCCCUACCAGUCUCCCACCUCCUCUUCCCCAACAUCAGGUAGCAGCCCCCUGGGUCCCAUGCAGUAUCCGCAUUCAGGACAGCCUUCUCCUCAGGCUGCGAGCCCAGUCAUGGCCAGCUUGUCCCCAACUGCUGCUGGACCUUUGGUUCACCCCCUGAGUCCCCAGGGACCCUUUACCUCGGAGGGGGAGAGGUUGAACAUCAAACAGGAACCAGAAGACAGAGAGCCCACCUUCCGCUCUAUAGGCCUGCAAGACAUCACGCUGGAUGACGUGAACGAGAUCAUCGGCAGAGACAUGUCCCAGUCCCCCAACACCCACGACCCCACCCAGACAGCACACAGCCAGUCGUAGCUAAGCCCCCCAACCCCAUGGACCAGCCAGGUCUUGCUGGUGGUGGAUGCAGUGGGGUCAAGAGGUCAAGGAAGGGACAGAAAUUGUCUUUCGGCAGACAGUGACAUUCAGCCGGACUGAUGAAAAGGAGAAGAACAAUUCCAACAACAUCAGGGUACUUCAAGUCCCAUAAUGCAACAGAAUGCUGCCUGAGAAUGCAAACAUCAGCAAAAUAUGACUUUAUACCAAAAUCAAAACAGUCCUGCUUGAUCAGAGCCUUUACAAAUCAACAAAUCAUUUAGUUCCGGAAUUAUUGGAACCCAGCCUGCAACAUUCCGCAUCCAGUGUACAGUAGGUCUCAGGACGCCGACCGUGUCCCUUCCUUACAUCAGAUGGGAAGACAAAUAACUGCCUUAUUAGUCAUAAUACUACUAUUAUUAUUAUUAUUAUUAUGACCAUGUAGCAGCACCUAUCCAUUCUUGCGCCAGUCCUUUAAAGAGACAACCUCUAUGUGCAAUAAUGCAAUACCCCCCCCCCCAAAUAAACCUCCCUAGUGUGCCUUAUCAAUACCAACUUUGUCCAUUUGAGAAAGAAAGUACUACAAGUACGACACAACAACGUCCACAGAUCAACAUCAUCUUCCACAUCCCAAACUUGGAAAAAGGAUGCCUCAGUGUUUACGUGACUUUGAAUUAUUGGUAGAAGACACUAUUGGCUUUACUGAUAGCGUUCAUUCAUAUUACCCCAUACAUAUAUAUAUAUAUAUAUACACACUUCAACACAAACUACCUACCACGGAGUAUUGGGGCCACAUUGGAAACUGGAACAACUUGGCUAUGUGGAGGGGGCGGGGUAAGGGAAAAGGGAGAAUUUACGACUUUAUUCUUGUAAUUUUACGACUUUAUUCCCAUACACAAAUUCUCCUAAAAUUCAGACUUUUUUUUUUUCAUACAUUUACGACGUCUCUUUCCCCGUACAUUCACGACUUUAUUCUCGUAAAUUUAAAUGUACAACUUUUUCUGGUAAAAUUCCAACUUUAUUUUCAUAAAAGUAUGACUUUAUUCUCGUAAAUGUAUGACUUUAUUUUCGUAAAUUGAAAUGUACGACUUUUUCUUGUAAAAGUUUGACUUUAGUCUCGUACAUGUACAACUUCAUUCUUGUAAACGUACGACUUUAUUCUCAUAAAUGUGCGACAUUAUUUUCGUAAACGUACAACUUUAUUCUCAUAAAUGUGCGAUGUUAUUUUCGUAAACGUACGACUUCAUUCUCGUAAAUGUACAACUUUAUUUUCGUAAAUUUAAAUGUACAACUUUUUCUUGUAAAAGUCUGACUUUAGUCUCGUAAAUGUACGACUUCAUUCUCGUAAAUGUACGACUUUAUUCUCAUAAAUGUGCGACAUUAUUUUCGUAAACGUCCGACUUUAUUUCGUAAAUUUAAAUGUACGACUUUUUCUUGUAAAAGUCUGACUUUAAUCUUGUAAAUGUACGACUUCAUUCUCGUAAACGUAUGACUUUAUUUUCAUAAAUGUGCGACAUUAUUUUCGUAAACGUACGACUUUUUCUUGUAAAAGUCUGACUUUAGUCUCGUAAAUGUACGACUUUAUUCUUGUAAACGUAUGACUUUAUUCUCGUAAAUGUGCGACAUUAUUUUCGUAAACGUACGACUUUUUCUUGUAAAAGUCUGACUUUAGUCUCGUAAAUGUACGACUUUAUUCUCGUAAACGUAUGACUUUAUUCUCGUAAAUGUGCAACAUUAUUUUCGUAAACGUACAACUUUAUUCUCGUAAUUUGUACAACUUUUUCUCAUAAAUAUUAAUGUACGACUUUUCUUGUAAGUUUACAAAUAUUAUAAUAUAAGUUUUUUUCUUGACUUUUCCCCUGUACAUUUCCAACUUUUUGCUCGUACAUUUACGUGUUUAUUCUUGUACAUUCACAUUUUCAUUCUCGUACGUUCAAAACUUUAUUCUCGACUCGAUUCUCGAUUCUCGACUGUUUUUCUUGGAAAUAUACAACCAUUCUCCUAAGAUUCUGACUUUUUCUCGUACAUUCACGACUUUAUUCUCGUACAUUUACGACUUUAUUCUCAUAAAUUUACGACUUUAUUCUCGUACAUUCACAACUUUUUCCUCAAAUUUCAAUGUACAACUUUUUUCUUGUAAAUUUAAACAUUCUACAAAAAUUGUGACUUUUUCCCGUCAUACAUUUGCAACUUUUUUCUCGACUUUUUCCCUAUACAUUUACGUCUUUUUUUUCAUACAUUUAUGACUUUAUUCUCAUAAAUUUAAUUGUGCACGUUUUUUCUUUUUAGAAAUUUCUGACUUUUUCCUCUCACAUUUAUGGCUAAUCUCUGUUUUAUUUGUUUAGUUUUCUGGUGGCCCUAAAACUUUGUUGUAAAUUUUGACUUUAUUGUCUUAAUUUUUCACUGGAAUCAUAUUUCUUGUUAAACUAAAAGGAUCUGCAUCAUUUGAAUAUCACGUGUCUUCUAUGAUGAAAGGCAAACUUCUGUGAAGAUUGAGGCUUUCCUUGAACACCAAUAAGGAUUUUUCCCCUCGGCUUUUUUCCCCGCCUUAAGAUGAUGAAGCCCCUAUGCACUCCUCCUCAGACUUAACGCCUUCACAAGCUCAUCUUUAACCUGAUGCGUUGACCACAGCCACAGCCCACAGGGUGGUGUGUGCAUGUGUGAACCAAAUGUAGACAAAAGUCGACUUUUUAAACCACAAAAGCACACGUGCAUGCCAGCUAUGCAAACUCAACAAAAAAAACAUAGGAUGCCUUAACUUGUCGGUGUGUGCUGUUUUUGGGCAGGACAUCACUUUUAGUUGUUGGUUGACUUUUUCUCGAGUCAAUUCUCAAACAAAAAAACACCAGCGUCGUCUUCUGCCAGCAACCAAAGAGCGAACAAUACCGCACAUGUUCCCAUUUUACUAAAGACUCCACUCAAACUCUAUUUUUGAUACUUUUUGAAAUGGAUGUCAUUCCUCAUAAAAAAUGUCGGUGGCAUAUACGCUAUGAGUCGAAAAGUGGUAGAAAUAGAAAAAUACGUAUAACGGCAAAAGCUAACAGGAAAUGUUGACGGCCUUUUGCAGCUUCUUUCUUUUUGUUUUCCUUUCAUGUGUUACCCGUCUGUAUAUGAACUCUUUUGUAAAGAAAUAAAGAAAAGGGAAACGCAGGUUUAGAUGAUGUUUACCAAGCCUUGUAUUGACAUCUGUUGUAUAUUUUAUAUGUUUUCUUUUCUUUUUUUUUUUUUUUGUAAUGUUAAUGACUGCAGUGCUUUUGGAAAUUUCGUCAAAGGGAAUGACUUGCAUCAUGCUGUAGUUCCCAAGGUAGUGACUGUCAAUAAAACGCAAAAGUCAACCUCC